UGCUGUCUCCAUUCUCCCCCAUUGUACUUUUGAUGACAUAAAGGCUAAAAAUUAGAAGAAGAAGUUUGUGAAACAUUUACAUAAAACUAAAAUAAAAACAAAAAAUUAAAAAAAAAAUUUAAUGCAUUAAAAAUUAUUAUUGCAUUCAAUAAGUUAAAUAAGUAUAACAUUAAUGCAGCUAACGUAAUGGCAGCGGAGGACUCAGUUUCUUUGCUCUCUGAAAUAUCUGAUAUUAUGCGCAGCUUCGGUGAUAGCGAUAAGCCGCGUUUGGAAAGUGUGAAAUUGGUGGAGCAUAUUCUGCAGCAACAGUUGAGAGGAAUGUUCAAUGAGGCGUCGCUUGUGGCAAUGAGACGUAAAAACAAUCCAUGUCCUUCCCAAGCAGAUUUCGAAUUUUUGAUGCGUAAUCAUCCAGUGAAAAUUGCCCGUAUGCGUAAACAUCUCAAGGAUAUGCGAAUUUUGAAGAAAUUUCUUAGCAUUCGCACUGGGAGACAAGACUUUAUGGAAGAUUUAGAUCAGCAAGAUUCGGACGAUGAGCUAGCUAUAGAAGUACCUGAACUAUUCGAUGAAGAGCGGACUCGUCGCCUAUUUCGUGCUGAUCGUAUAUCGCAAAUAUUAAGUGGCCAACAAUAUUUAGAGUUCAACGAGGCGCGCAAGACAUCAUUUUAUUGCCGACAUGGCGAGAAAAUUAAAAAUAAAUUCAGGCGCUUUUUAGACUUGCCAGCAGAUUUAAGAAUACCAACCACUACCAUGAAUAUUUUGGCUUAUUUUGCCCACGAGACCAUAGCUGUCAUAGUCGAUUAUGCAAUAUUAACACGUUUAAAUUCAGCAAAUCGUAUCACAGAGCCGUUUAGUAGGGUCACUUCGACAGGAGCUUCACCCGCAAUGCUGCACAUCUGUCCGGAAGUUACGCAAGGUCGUGGCAGCGAAGUUGUUAAACCGAUUAGUGUCCAAGAAAUACACGAAGGUAUAAGACGAUUCCGUCAAAUGACUAACAAAAAGGUGGGUUUCUAUCGCAGCUCGUGUGAUACAGAUUUCAAACGUUCCUUUUUAGCUUUAUAAGUUAUAAAUUCGUUUAGCGGGAUAUAUUUCAUACUGACCCCUUUGUAGAGCUUCAUAAGAAUAAAGUAAACUUGCUUCUUAAGGUA